UUUUAUUUAAAACAAAUCAAUUUCUUUUUAUCAAUUUUUCACUGCCCAAUGUACAAGUUGCACUGCAAUAAAUAAAAAAUGACCAAGUUGCUUAGUUGGGGAUGGAUCAGACAAUUCACAAAAACAGACCCCAUAAAUGCCGCGACAAACGGAGCCCUAGACUCCCUAAGUAACGAAUACUUUUACUGAAAGGGACUUCGUCAGCGCGGGCGGCGCAUACAAAAGGGCAAAAAUGCAGAACGAAGAAGACGACGACGACGACGACAUAAACCCCGUAACAAUGCUACUACCAGACCACCAAUCUGAUAAUAAUGGAAAUAGCACAUUCAUGCAACAUCAGCCACAGCUCCAGCACCAUUACAUUCCUUCCAGCGAUUCGACCGUGGCAAUCAGACAACUCCCAUCGCAUGGUCUAUCCUUCCAGAUCUGGCCCGCAGCCACCACUCUCGUCACUCUCCUAGAUCAACACCGCCGUCAACCUAGCAAUAGCCCUCUCUCCCCCACUCUAUCCGCCUUAUCUGACGCCCCAAAUCGCCGACCUCUCAACAUCCUCGAGCUCGGUUCGGGAACUGGUCUCGUAGGAAUCGUAGCCGCUCUAACUCUCGGCGCAAAGGUAACGGUCACUGACCUUCCACACGUAAUCCCCAACCUCCAAUUCAACGCUGAUGCAAACGCCAGCGUUUUGACCACGAACGGCGGGGUAGUCCACGCGUCACCGCUAAGGUGGGGAGAGGCUGAUGACGUGGAACUGGUUGGGCGGGAGUUUGAUCUUAUAAUAGCCUCGGAUGUAGUGUAUCAUGACCACCUCUACGUGCCCCUCCUCCAAACGCUACAAGACUUGAUUUUGGGUGGGGAAGGGAAUGUGGAAUUUGUUAUGGCCCACCUCAGGAGGUGGAAAAGGGAAUCCGCCUUCUUCAAGAAAGCGAAGAAGGUUUUCCGAGUUGAUGUUUUGCACGUGGACCGUCCGUGUGAGGGGUCCAGGGUUGGUGUCAUCGUUUACCGUUUCGCUAGAAAGCAAAUCCAGAAACUGAAAAAAGUUUCCGGUUUAGCAAAUGGUGCCUGACAAUUUUUGUUUUAAAUGGAAACAAAGAAAGUAUUAAACGAGGUCAAGGUUCUAAUUAAAAUGUCUCCGUUUUUGUGGGCGUUCUAAGCUGCCAAAAUCUCUUUUUGAUUACGUUAA